AUGGGCAAGGAUAAGAAAAACAAAACCUCCAAACACAUCAAGUGUGAUGUCCAGUUUGACGAUAAUCCGCAGGGUGUUUUCCGGGCCGGUGAUACCGUGAGUGGGACGGUAGAGAUACAGUUGGACAAGCCGAAGAAAUUUCGAGGGAUCGCACUUCGUAUCAACGGAUUCGCAUCGACGUCCUGGAACGCAAAGCUAACAGGGACCGAUGCAAAAAAUGCCAAGAAAAACAAAAAGACCCACUUUAACGGGCGAGAAGAUUACUUCGGCAGUGUAACCUACUUCGUCGGAUCGGAUGUUGGGAAUCCGCUGGAAGUGCUGGCAGGAGUUUACCGGUACCCGUUCACCUGUGAAAUUCCACCAAAUGCACCAUCCUCGAAGGAAGGCAAGUACGGUCACAUCCGGUACGUGGUGAAGCUAUCGCUCGAGCGCCCCUGGAAGUACGAUCACGUCUUCCAGAUGCCGUUCGUCGUCAAAAGUCAUGCCGAUUUAAGCAUCGCCCAGGAACGGAUGCUACAACCUGCGCGAGCCGAACUAGUGCAGACGUUCUACUUCGGUUUGACGGAUCCACUGAUCGUAACGGCGUCGACACCCCGCACCGGAUACGCUCCCGGGGAAGCGAUCGAAGUGUCGAUCCAUGUUAACAAUCAGAGCAGUGUGGAUGUGCGCAGCAUUACGGUUAAGUUUCAGCGCAUCGACACGUUCCUUAGCCAGGUGCCGAUAGUGAAGCAUUACCUUGAGUAUACGGUCAUGGAGGAGCGUACCAUCGGUCGCGUGGCCGGACGGAACGAUGCAGCUUUCGAGGAAAACAUACUGAUCGGAUCGACUGUACCGACGGAUGAAGACCGGUGCAAAAUUAUCAUGACGCGGUACGAGGUGGCAGUUAUGAUCCGGCCAGUACGAUCGCGAAAGAAGCUGUUCCUAUCGUUGCCGAUCGUGAUCGGUACGGUGGGAUUGCCAAAAACGCUCUACCCGAUGGAGAUGUUGAGCAAGGAACGGGUCGCCCUUGGAAUGGUGCCAACGGACGCUGCACACACCAGUCAGCUACCGAUACCGUCAGAAUCGCCACCACCAUACCCAGACGAUGCACAACCGUCCACCUCCAGGGCGUUUUCCGUCGAAAACCUCAUCGACAUUCCCACGGCACCGUCGACCGAGGACGUGAAGGAGCACGAGUUUGAGAAGGGUUCCGAACCGUACACACCGCGCGAUUUCGACGAUGACUAACCU